CUGUGCAGUUGGCAAACCACACACAAAUGCAAUAGAUUAGAAUGCUUUCUAUGGAGCAAUGGUAGAAGGUCACCAGCAGUUUUUCAUUCAGUUGUUGUUUCCUGAGAAGUCUCAAGAAAUAUAAUCUCUGCUGGGCCUUCUUAACCAUUGCUAUAACAUGAGCACUCCAGGUGAUGUCUUCCUUUAUGGCAACAUCCAGAAACCUAAAGCUAGCUACCCGUUCCACACAGUCUCCAUUGAUGAUCGGGCUGAAUGUCUGAUUUAUUCCUUCUAUAAUCUACUAUAAGAUCCUUGGUUUUAGCAGUGUUGAGAACCAAAUUAUUGUCUCUGCACCACAAGAGCAAUUGCUCCACCUCAUCCCAGUAGGCAGACUCAUCCUCUUUGGUGAUAAGCCCCACCACUGUUGUAUUAUCCGCAGAUUUAACAAUAAUAUUGCUGGGAUGAACAGGGGUGAAGUCAUAAGUAUAGAGGGUGUAAAGAAGGGGCUCAACACACCGCCCUGUAGGGAGCUAGUAUUAAGAAUAAGGGCUAAAGAAAUACAGUUGCCUAAUCUAUGCCUCUGACAGCAGACAGACAGAAAGUUCAAAAUCCAAAGGCAGAUUGAAUGUGAAAAAGCAAAGCUGACAAGUUUAGACACCAGUGUGUACGGAAGAAUUGUGUUAAAUGGAGAGCUAAAAUCCAUAAAGAGCAUCCUUACAUAGGUCCCCCAUUGCUCCAGAUGAGUCAGAGCAGUAUGGAGAGUGAUGGCUAUGGUGUCCUCCAUGGAACUUUGUUGCUUAAGGGAUUGCACUCAGAGACUAUGUUUAUAGUGCCAAGUGCUCCAAAGCACCUUUGGGAGAUUGAAUCCAAGAGUCUGAGCCAUCUUAAUAUUUAGAUACUCAAUGUGAUGUUUGCUUUGAAUUCCCUUUCUGUGGUCCUGAGUUUGAGCUCACCCUACCAGUACAUUCUAAUAUGCAUGUGAAAGGCUAUUAUUGCUCUGGGGGGAAAGCCUUGGCUAUUGCUUGAAUGUGGUGCUUGAGGUGGGAGCCAGUGGGAAGUGUCAUGUUUUAGCAAUACUGUUCCAUUGAAAAUUGUCUUCCAAACCUUAGAGCAUCUCUCAACCUCUUUUUUUCCCCUUAUCCUUUGUAUCACACGUAGAGGCGAGCUCUCUGGGCUUGUUGCUAUGACAACAAUUGGUAGUCCUCAUUUGCUUCGGCAUUUUGAUUGGUUGGGGACAAUGUUGCCUCUUUUGUGAGGGUGAAAGGGAGGAGGCCCACUCGAAUGAAAGCAGAAUGGAAAGAUGCCAAACUGGUCCAGAGUGUAAUGUACAUCUAUUGGGAAGAGGGGGGGAGGAAAUGGGGGAGUGUCCUUUGGCAACAGCAGAUGAUCAGACAGUGAGCUUGAAUAUAUGAUUCACAACUGCAUGCACCAGCAUGCUGCAUGCAGAGCAAGUGCAGCUCCAUCUGUCUUCAAUCUGGACCAAUCUGCUCUGGCACUUUGAGGACUCCAGCUGCCUUGGAUGAAGAAACAAACCCUUUGCCUUGUCAUCUGACUGCACAGCGGAGAGCGACUGGCCUUCAAAAGCUGCCUGGUACCAGAAUAGCUUGCUUAGCAGCUGUGAUCUCCUAAAGUAAGCAUGGAUUGAGAUAGUGAAUGUUGAAGAAAACCUCUGUUCCCAGGAAUAGAAAAAGUUCUAAAAUAAGUCAUCUUAGAGGGGGAAAAAGACCAGCUUUUCAAGGUGCAAUUCAAGGUCAUCAUUUUUAAAGCCCUGUGUGCACCGGGCCAUGCUAUCUGUGGGACCGCUUUUUCCUAAGGAUAUCUACCCUUCCUAUCAGAUCAGAUAAGGCUCAGCAGAUACCAAGUCUGAAGCAGUCAUGUCUGAAUUGGUACCAGAGCCACGGCAAAAGCCAGUAGUACCAAUGAAACCUGUCAGUAUUAAUUCCAACCUACUGGGUUACAUUGGGAUUGAUACUAUCAUAGAGCAAAUGCGGAAGAAGACCAUGAAAACUGGAUUUGACUUCAACAUCAUGGUUGUAGGCCAAAGUGGACUUGGAAAAUCAACACUGGUAAACACCCUGUUCAAAUCCCAAGUAAGCAGGAAGUCUUCAGGCUGGAACCGUGACGAGAAGAUCCCUAAGACUGUAGAAAUCAAAGCUAUUGGGCAUGUUAUUGAAGAAUGUGGUGUCAAAAUGAAGCUGACUGUUAUUGACACCCCUGGCUUUGGUGACCAGAUCAAUAAUGAAAAUUGCUGGGAGCCCAUUGAAAAAUACAUCAAUGAGCAAUAUGAGAAAUUCCUGAAGGAAGAGGUGAAUAUUGCCAGAAAGAAACGAAUCCCAGAUACAAGAGUCCACUGUUGCCUCUACUUUAUCUCUCCCACAGGCCACUCUUUGCGACCUUUAGAUAUGGAAUUUAUGAAACAUUUGAGCAAAGUCGUAAAUAUUAUUCCAGUUAUUGCCAAGGCAGACACCAUGACUCUGGAAGAAAAGAUUGAGUUCAAACAGAGGGUCCGUAAGGAACUAGAAGUCAAUGGAAUUGAAUUUUAUCCCCAGAAAGAGUUUGAUGAAGAUCUUGAAGACAAAACAGAGAAUGACAAAAUCAGGCAGGAAAGUAUGCCAUUUGCUGUGGUGGGCAGUGACAAAGAAUAUCAAGUGAAUGGGAAAAGAGUCUUAGGCAGAAAAACACCUUGGGGAGUCAUUGAAGUUGAAAAUCUCAACCAUUGUGAAUUUGCUCUACUACGAGAUUUUGUCAUUAGGACCCACCUUCAAGACCUAAAAGAAGUCACCCACAACAUCCACUAUGAAACCUAUAGGGCAAAACGACUGAAUGACAAUGGGGGACUCCCCCCAGUGACCAUAGAGACAGAAGAAAAUCAUGAAAGCAAUUUGUGAAUGAUCAAUACUGUUAUCUGUUGUUUCAGAAGCAUUUCAUUCUAUCUUUUUAUUUGAAUUCAGGCCUCUCUUAGAAACGUAUGGAAUAUCCUUCAUGAGUGUAUGGGAGAAAGAACAUAGAUAUGGAUUUCCAACUUUCCCUAUAUGUCCUCAAUUUGUUAUGGUUUGUUGCACAAUCAGCCAGAUGUUUAGACUGGAUUUGGCAUUUUUGUCCACCAUUAUAAUUAUUUUUAUUAAUUUUGUACCAGAAGUUCUAGUCUUCCGUUGUUUUCCAGUACUCAGUUGUGCAUCCUGAUUGUGGGAAAUGUAAAAAAAUCCUUGACGUGACACGAACUGUGAAACCAUGUGAAGCGCCUCCAAGGGUUGGUAGGAAAUGAGAUCAAUUUACUGUAAGCACUGUGGUGAAAAUAGACACAUAGAGUCAAGCUUUCCAGGUCUGGAUACUUUGCAUUGUGGUUGAUGGUUUGUGUUAUAAAUUCACUUCUCAAUGUAGAAAUAUUAAAAGUUAGACUGAGGUUGGGAUCUUACAGGCACUUCUGUAAUAGUAAAUGUAAUGAAAUCAGUGGGAGGAAUUAGUUGCCAAGUAAGUGUGUUUAGUUAGAAUUAAUAGGCAGGUGUGGAUAACAAUGUCAGGUUUUUCUUUCUCAUUAUUAUAGGAGAUAAACUAUUAUAGAGUUAAAAGCUAAUCUGGAAAUAUUGUUUUCUUAGAACAGGGGAAAUAACAUUUUUAAUAGUACCACAAUAUUCCUUAAAUCACCAUUAUGUAUCUCAGAUUCACAUACAUACCCACUACCUAAAAUCUGCCCCAUGUUAUUGUCAGACCUACCCUAAUGAAGUUUUGACAUUACAGUAAUGGAACAAUCCUUCUGGAUGUCUGAGGCAGCUGGAAAGCAAAGAAUGCAACAUUUCCAACUGUGCCUUUUGCCCUCUAACCCAGAGGUCUCCAAUCUUUUGGGCACUAGGGACCGGUUAUGUGGAGAGAGGUUUUUCUGCAGACCUUAGGGGGUGUGGUUUUGCGUGCUGCCUGCAUCCCGCAGAUGGGGCUUUGCUUGUGUGGCCCUAUUGAUGGCAUGCUGCGGCACAGUACCAGACCCUAGACCGGGGGUUGGGGACCCCUGCUCUAACCCACAGACUAUGGGAAAGAUGCCUGUAGCUAUUGUAUACUAAGACACUGUUAAGGAGGAUAUUUAAGGCACAUCCUUCUUUCAUCCUAAAAUGUGUCAUUUUAAUUCUGACUCAGAUCCUUGUAAGUUUGCCUCUAGGCAGUCAGCUUUCAUUCAAUUGCAAAUUGUACUGCUGAUUUCCAAAUACGGAAUCUGACUAGAGUACUCUAAUCUUUAGGUUUUCUGCUUUGUUCUCUUUUUAAAACAAAAACAGGUACUUAGUUUAUACAGUCAAAUGCUGAAAAUCAAAAUUUGUGGACUACCUAGAAAACAGAAGUGACUUGUGAGGAUCAGAAUUUCACUGCCACAUAGUGAGCCACCAUGUUUGCUGUUUCAUACUGUCUCCCAUAAUAUCAUGAUUAUUAACUAAUGUAACCCCACUUUUGGGGGAAAAAAUAGUCCUCUUUCAUUUUUAAAUGUGCACAUCUAAACAUCAAAGUCAAAUGUUCCUUCUAUAGAGUUCUCCAUAGUGGAAAUUAGCUAACAAAACAUUAAAAAAUAGAGAAAACAAAAGAAGCUGUUUACAGCUGAAUCUGAUGACUGUCUCAUCCCGUUCUAUACUGUUUGUCUUAUCUGGCAGUGGGUUUCCAUCCAAUCCUGAAGAAGACAACAAUUGAACCCUGAAUUCUUUACAUGAAGAGUGUCUGCUCUGUUAUGGAAUUAUGGCCUUUCCCUAUCAUAAAAUAUAUCACAGAAAUAUUAAAAAUGGAGUAAAAUUUGUAGCUGGUAUUAUAUAAUUUAUUGCUUAAUUCAAACAAUUCUAAGUCAGCAAACACUAAAUUAAAAAUCAAAGUUUAAUCAGUAAAAUUAAAGUUCCAUGCAUUAAGAAUCUCCUUAGGGAGGGUAUUUAAUUGAAUUGGAGCCACAACAACAGAAAUCCACCGAAACCCCUUUUUGAGUUUACAAAUUAUUAAAAUAUGAUCAGGAAUGUGGCAGAAAAGGUCAUCACAUUAUAGAAAAGUUGUCCGUAGAUUCAUUCAUAAAAUGUUUUCAGUCCUUCCAAAUAGAUUUUUGGCUCUAGAAACCUGGAAAAACUAACUGCCAUAUUUUAAUUUCUACAAAUACAUAUACAAACUUUUGCAGUAUGCAUAACUAUUUUGCAUAUAACAACUACUUAAAGUAAUAUACUUAAUCAAAGAAUAAGUGUUUUGAUCCUUUGUUCCUAGCUUAGAUAAAUGUCAAGGCUCUUCUGAAUUAAGAGUAAUAUAGUUUUCUAAAAAAAAUAGUAUAGAAAUGGUUUGUCAAUGCCUUCUUUUGAGAUUUUUUUUUUUUAUUUCUUAGUCUGGUUUAGUCCAAUGGAAUUUAAUCUUUUUCCAUUAACUCAAAAAAGAUAACAAAAGAGAAGUACAUUUGGAAUCCUUCAAGACAGCUUUAGAAGAACUCUCUCCAUAAAACCUCACGAGAUCAUAGGAGAAUUUAAUAGGAAAAUGUUUGCUAUAAUUUUGGAUUUAUUUCAAUAGACCUUAAUAUACAGUCUAGGUUCACACAUAUAUUACUGUAAGUUAUAAUGUGAUUUGAUUUACUAUAUGAGGUGAACUAAGCCAUUCUGGACUGUAACAUAGUUUGUGAUGUUGCAGUAUGUGGGAUCCUAACCUAUUAUUGCUUAUUCAUUACAGUUAAUCAAACUGUAACUUAAUAUGAAAUAUUAACCCAAAUAAUAUUUGACUGAAGCAACCACUCAACCGUAAGAAUGAGAGGGACAACUCUGUGUGUGUGUGUGUGUGUGUGUGUGUGAGAGAGAGAGAGAGAGAGAGAGAGAGAGGG